CGGAGCUGUGGCGUACACGUAUAGUACACUUGAGUCGCGGCACGUAGUCAGACGCCGUGCGUCCACCGUCCAGCAUGUCGUCUACAGCUGACCAAGAACAGCAGAACGCGGACCAAGAACAGCGACAGCCGCUGCCCGCCGAUCCGGACUGGCUGUCGGGCGUCAUAAGCCGGCUGAUUGACCGACCGAAGCACGCGGUCACCGUGAUCGCCGACCAAACUAUGGCCACACCCGCCGUGGCCGACCCACACAACGUGCUCAGCUCCAUAGUGGCCGUGCAUAUCGUGUACUCCGUCGAGGGCGUUAAAGGCACCGACUCGCUAGAUGUAGUCAUUAAGAGCCUACCACAGGAGCCCUAUUCUCGGGCAUUUGUACUGGAGGCACAAUUCGACUACAGAGAAGUGCACUUCUAUAACACGGUGCUAACAGAAUUAAGAAAUUUCGAAGAAACAACACUGGCUGCCUCCGACCGGUUGCAGAUGGGCGACAUGCCGGUGGCCAAAUGUUACUUCGCCGGCAUGAAAGCCAGCGGCCGCGAUGAAUCUAUGUUGGUGUUAGAGAACCUAAGCAAACGCAGUUUUACGGCCGCCAAUUUCGCCGCAGGACUGACGUUCAAAGAGGCCCAACUGGCUUUACGUUCCAUAGCCCGCGUGCAUGCCACGUCACUGGCAUUAAAACUCCAGAGCGGAUCGCUUACUGAACGCUGGCCGUUCCUAUUCCAGACUUCUCGGGCCACCUUAUCUUAUCAAGCCUUAGUGGAAAGGGGCAUGCCACAACUGAACGUCUUCCUUCGGUCCAGGGGUCCACAAUACGACGCGUUGAUCAACACGCUCAGAUCCAUUUGCCGCGUCACCAAACAAAUAAUUGGCUCGCUAAUGAUACCCAAAGAACCAAUGGGCCUAAUGACUCAUACCGACUUUUGGUGCAACAACUUGAUGUUCGGCGAACAUGACGAGUGCGUCAUACUGGACUGGCAAAUGAUAUCCUACAGCAGACCGACAAACGAUGUGGCGCUUUUACUGGUCAGCAGCCUGUCGACGGAGACCAGGCGAAACCAUUCUAACCAACUGGUCGACUGUUACUGGGAAGCGUUUACUGGUCAUACGAGUAAAUUGGGAGUAGACGUAGAAGGGCGACUGGAAUACAGCCGAAACGCCCUGAACGAGGACAUGAAGGAAUCCAAAUUAUUAGCCGUAUUGCUGUGCAUAGGGUCGGUGGACGUGGCUUUGGGUAACGAAGAGACCGAACAGCGACUGUUAGACCUUCUGACCGACUUACAAGACGAAGAAGUGUUCAGCAGACAUUUAACCGAAAUUUCAGCCUAGUUUCGUUUUAAUUUUUCAAAUAUUAUCUUUCACCUAUCUAAAUAGAACGAUUAGAGCUUUCUAUCACAAUUAAGAGUAAAAUGUCAUUGUUAAUCUUAAGCAUUUUAUUUUACUGUUACUGUUAGCAAUAGUUAUGUAGUACCUUUCGAAUUUUAGACGCUGGUAAUUUUUUGUUUUUAAAUUUUGAUUUAAAUACAUUUUUAUUAUAAAGAAAAUACAUUUUUUAAACUAAAUACAAAUGUAGUUGAAGCCUUCAAAGGUUAGCAUAACUUGUUUACAAGUAUACAACAUCACAAUGCUGACCUAUAUAAAACUAGUGAUGGGUUAAAUUUAUGACUUCACAUUUUUUUAAACUAGUUAUUAAUAAUAAUUAUUAUUAUUUGAGUCUUUCAUUACUUAAUUAUUCACAUUGAAUUGUUUAAUUCGAUACAUUGGUGCUGUCACUAUCCACUUGUUUUAUGUGAUUUAUGUACUUACAAUUUUAAUUAUGUAACUAAAUAAAUAUUAAUAAAUAAUUGUUAUUGAUAACAAAUAACACAUUGUUCGCACCCAGAAACUUAACUGUACAACUAUCUUAUUUC